AUGUUUAGUACUCCACCAAAUAAUAGAAUUAUGUCAAUAAAAAACCGCGAAAAGUUAAACGAGAGAUUAGAAAACGCGUCCGAGCUCGUGCUUGCGAACGACAGAGUUGCGGGCAGUUUGCAAAAAGUUGAACCUUCUGGAAAUAAAGUUCCAUCUCUGCAAAGAUCGACUAAAAAUGAAUCGGUCACCUCGGCCACGGAGUCUUCAUCGUCACGCUUAAGACGUAAACAGCUUGAGCUGGCAGCUCCUGAGGAAAAAGCAAGAAUUCGGAUGAAGCUUAUUGACAAAAAGCUUGAGUUUGAUUUAGCAAAGAUGGAAGGCAGCCGUGCGUCAGAAUGUCAAUCAAAGACGAGUCAAGUUAAUAGAAGCAUCAAGAAGCAGCCUUUUGUGAACCAGCAGCUGGAGACCAGAAAUUUGCAGCCGUCACCUUCACUCCAACAUAAGGUGGCAGCGACGGCGACAUCGGAGGCAGCGACGGCGACAUCGGAGGCAGCGCGGGCACCUUAUGUUGACCCAGUCCGUGCACCGGCCCACCACACGCCUGUCGACAGUAUCCUUCAACUCGCUCACACAUUCAAGGACAUCAUGAUUACGUCCUGUAGUAAUCAGGAGGAACGAUUGCUUACCCGACUGUCUACACCUAGAGAACUACCUGCAUUUAGUGGAGAUUGCAUCGAGUGGUUGCACUUUAAGAGUGCCUAUGAAGAAUCUACAUAUGUAUGUCAAUUCAGUGACUUCGAGAACCUAUGGCGACUACGUCGAGCACUCAAAGGUGAUGCCAAGGAGGCAGUUACUGACCUAUUAAUCGGCAACACGUCACCAGCUGUUGUCAUGGAGGCACUGGAACUGAGGUUUGGUCAAUCUGAUUUAAUUAUUCAAUAUCUCACUUCUCAAAUGAAAAAGCUAUCUCCAUUGUCUACUAAUUAUCAGCAUGAUAUCAUUUUGUUUUCAAUGAAAGUUAAUAACUGUGUCGCAACCCUAUACGCAUUAAAUCAGCAUGAUUAUCUACGUAGUCCAGAACUGUCAGCUACAAUACUCUCCAAGCUACCUAGUAUAUUGUUAAGUAAAUAG